CUCUCUGUGUCCUUUCCUCACGCUCAAAAUUAGGGUUUUCCAGUAGAGCUUAGGCGCCUCAAGAUCUUCUUCCAACCCUAAAGAUGGCAACCACUCCUCCGAUCGAGUCCGUGCAGUGUUUCGGCCGCAAGAAGACCGCCGUUGCAGUCACCUACUGCAAGCGGGGCCGUGGUCUAAUCAAGAUCAAUGGAUGCCCAAUCGAACUGGUUGAGCCAGAGAUCCUUAAAUUCAAGGCCAUCGAGCCCAUCCUCCUCUUGGGCCGACACCGUUUCGCCGGAGUCGACAUGCGUAUUCGCGUCAAGGGAGGUGGUCACACUUCUCAGAUCUACGCCAUUAGGCAGAGCAUAGCCAAAGCCCUAGUUGCUUACUACCAGAAGUACGUGGACGAGCAGAGCAAGAAGGAGAUCAAGGAUAUCCUAGGUAGGUACGACAGGACCCUUCUCGUUGCUGAUCCCAGACGCUGCGAGCCCAAGAAGUUCGGUGGUCGUGGAGCUCGUGCCAGGUUCCAGAAGUCUUACCGUUGAUUUUCGCCAACCCAGAAUGCGAAGAUGGAAGAGGUCUUUUUUUUUUUUUACUUCUUUUUGUUUGGUAAUAUUUAUGUUUUUGGGAUUUGUUGGUUUCAGUAGUGUUAAGAAAUUGUUAUGACUGUUUUUAUCACAUUUGCCCUGAAUUUUGAGUAUGGAGACUCUAUAAUCUUGAUCAAUGGAAUAUUACUAUCUUUAAUUAUGUUGCUCUGAAAA